AUGACAGGCCGCGUCCUCGUACUCCGCGUCCUUGUCCUGAGCGCUCUGGCACUGGCGGUGCUGCCGGGUCUGGUCCUGGGCUCUGUCGGCGACCAGUCGCCCAAGUUCCAGCGGUGCGUCGCGUCAUGCAAGACGGAUACAUGCCGGAAUCAUAAGCCACUUCCCUUUACGGACGACACAAUUGUGCCGUCUGACCCUCUGCCGUGGUACCUGGUCCUGACCGGCUGGACGUGCGAGACGAACUGCGAGUAUCACUGCACGCAUCGCAUCACGAACGAGGCGCGCAAGCGCGUACAGGACCUACGGGAGCAGAUGUACGACCGCCUGAACAGCGAGCAGGCUGAGCUGCGCAGACAGCACGACCGCUGGCGCAAUCAGCUCGCACAGCAGGAAGCGGGCCAGAGCCUGGACCCUGCGUGCGACGGCGACGCAUAUUCCGACGCGGACGGCGAGUGUGUCCCCCUCAUGCUCAAGCCGCCUGCGCCCCUGCUGUCCGAGAGCGAAGUGCGACGGCAGACCGAGGAGCGCAUCCACGCCGAGCUCUACUUUAUGCACCCCGUCGAGAAGCAGACGGUGCAGUUCUUUGGCAAGUGGGCGCAGCUACGUGUGCUCGGCAUGCAGGAGCCCUUUUCUGUGCUCUUUUCGCUCAUGAACCUCGGCGUGCAGCUCUAUGCGUACAGGUACAUUCUGCUCGACCUCCUGCCAGGGACCUUUCCGCUGAAAUCGACCUACCUGCGCCAUGCGGUGAUUGCUAGUGUCGCGUGGGGCGCGAGUGCCAUUUUCCAUACUCGCGAUCUGUGGUGGACGGAGCGCUUUGACUACUUUAUGGCUGCAGCCGUGCUCCUGUCGGGCUUCUUUUUCACGCUGUGCCGUGUCAUACACGCGAAACAAGGCAGCGUACUCUACCACCGCUUGAUGGUCGGGUGCAUCGGCGCGUGGGUGCUGCAUGUGCUGUACCUCCUCUCGCACCGGCGCCUGGACUACUCGUACAACAUGACUGCGUGCCUCACGGUCGGCGUGCUGCACAACCUCUUGUGGCUCCUUGCGGCGUUUGCGCCGCGCACCGUGCACUCCUUUGCCGUGCUCCUCGGAGGCGACGCGCAGGUGGGUGCAGUGUCGGGUAACAGCAAGCACGACGAGCACGACCACGGCCACGCCCGGAACUGGCGGACCAUUUCGCCGUCGCAGCAGCAGCAGCUCGUCCUGCUCGUCCUGGUGAUGUUUUGCGCGCCCGGCCUCGAGCUCUUCGACUUUCCGCCAAUUUUGCGCCUGAUUGACGCGCACGCGCUGUGGCACCUCAGCACGGUCCCGAUCUCUUUGUACUGGUACUACUGGCUGGCGCAGGAUGCGCGCGACUGCGUCGUGACCCACAACUGGAAGCUCGACCAGCACGCGCACGUCACCGACGUGGACGACCUCCUCGCGCGGUCACACCACAGCAAGGUGCCGGACAGCGCGUCACACCUGCCGCUCACGGUCGAACCGGCUGCAGGUGCCUCGGAAGGAUCCUCCGCCUCGCCAGCGACUCCUGUCCCGCUCGACGAGGCUUGGGGACGUGCACAGAGCCUGCUGGAGCAGUGGAGUGCGUGGGGCCUGGAUGCUCUGCGUGCCUUGCGUGCGAUGCUCAUUACGCAAUCGUGA